AUGGACGGGAACACCAGUAACAAUACGAAAUACGAUCCAGCGAACAUUGCUAAACGAACUACGGAUGCGGACAACCCUAACAACAACAACGACAACACCGAACCCUCCUACAUCGACUACGAAUCCUUCCUCGACCCCUCCUUCGCCCCCUCCUCCUUCGCCAACACCCUCGUCCACGCAACCAACAACCCCUCCGACACCCCCCUCGACCUCUCCACCCCGCUCUCCCGCGUCCUCUUCGACAUCCAAGAAAUCGACUCCCACAUCGACCUGCUCACCACCCGCUCCGCCCUCCCCUUACUCGUCCACACCCAAACCCACGCCGAAGCCAGCGGUAAUGUGCUCACGCGUUUACAGGCGCAGAUCACGGCGCUGAAUGAGAGUUAUGCGCAGUUGGAGCGGGAGGUGAGCAGUAAACAUGCUGAGGCGGACCAGGUACGGACGGUCGCGACGAGGUUGUGGAGCGCGUUAAGGUUGGCGAGGGCGGUUGGGAGGGUGGUGCAGUUGGGAAGGCAGCUGGAAGCGCAGUAUGCUGAGUUUUCUGCGCCUGCGUCCGGGACAACAUCUCCUGGUUUGAGCUUACGCGGUCGCGGGGAGGACCACCGCGCGCUGGUGCGGUGUGCGCAUACGCUGCUGGCGCUGGGGGAGAUCUUCUUGGGGUCGAGCACACCCGGUGCGGAGGGGUAUGGGUUGGAUCGGGUGGUGGUGGUGCGGACGUUGCGGGAGGGGGUUGUGGGCCCUGUGGAUAGGGCUGUGAAGGAAGCUGCGGGACGGGCGGUGCGGGAGUUUUCGAUGGGGAUGGCGGGGGGUGGGGGGAGUAGUAGCUCUGGCGCGGGAGCGGCGGCUACGGCUGCGACGUUUGCACAGUCCGAGGAGGUCAGGGCAAGGACGGUGUCGGCGUUGACGACGCUGUAUUUGCUGAGUCCGGUGCCGGUUUCUGUGGGUGGGAAGGGGAGUGCGGUUGCUGCUGAGCGGUGGACGCCGAGUCUGAUGUUGCAGGCGCUGGAAACGUAUUUGAAGUCGUCGCUGCAGAGUAGUAUCGCGGGACUGUCCCGGGCGCUGGCCACGCUGCCUAGCUUGGACCGGACGCUUGCGGAGGUGAGCGCGCGGUGUCAGAAUGUCGUGGCACUUGAGGCCGUGUUAGAGGGGACAAAGGCACCUGCGCAUCCUCUCUUGCAGCAGUUACAGCAGCAACAACACCAAGGCAAACAUUCGGAUCAGGCAGCCGCCGGAGGAGGAAAUAUGUUACAGCCACUACUCGCCUAUCUAGAAACUGGGUCUUUAGCGAGUUACUUUUGGCGGACGAUGGCGAGCAACAUGGGGCCUCGGGUGCAGGAUAUCAUGGCUAAGGGCGGUGUAUCUGCGCGGACCCUACGGUCGAACCGACAAGGUGUGGGGGAGGCCAUCAAGGAGUGUGUUGCGAGGGGGAGUCAAUUGCCCAGUGCUGUGGCGGCGGCUGCUAAGGGCAAGGGGAGAAGCGCUGAAUCAGAGGGCAAGGAACGACAAUGGGAACGGGAAGUGGCUGUUAUGGUGGGGAGUAUAGUCAACAACCUGGGAAGAUGA